GGCGCCGGGGCCGCCGCCGCCCCCGCCCCGCCAUGUCCGAGGCGGGCCAGGAGCUCGUCCACCUGGUGUGGGGCAAGAAAGCCGGGCCGCGCGGGCUGGCCGACACCAUCUUCUGCCGCUGGGCGCAAGGAAGCAAUUUUGAAAAACAGGGCAGGGUUAAGCUGAGACAGUUCAUACCUUCUAUAAGAAGCCUGAAGAAUGUGAAGCAAAUUCAAGAUUUCUUAAGUGUGCUUUAGUGGUACCACACCCAAGAUUUGUCUUUAGCGACUCUGAAUCAACUGCAUUAGAACAAUUUGAAGGUGGCCCUUGUGCAGUGAUAGCACCUGUGCAGGCAUUCCUUUUGAAGAGGCUUUUUACCAGUGAAAAGUCUACUUGGAGAGACUGUCCAGAAGAGGAGCAGAAGAACCUUCUCUGUCAUACAUUAUGUGAUAUUUUGGAAAUGGCUUGUUCUGAUAAUUCUGACUCAUACUGUCUGGCAACAUGGAUAAGAGGAAAAACAACCGAAGAAACUGCUAGUAUUUCUGAAAGUCCUGCAGAAUCUAGUCAUCAAGAGGAGCAACCUUCUGCCUUGGCUGUCGAAGAGCUUGGCUUUGAGCGAUUUCAUGCAUUAAUUCACAAACGAGCAUUCAAAAGCUUCCCUGAACUGAAGGAUGCAGUUUGGGAUCAAUAUUCAGCAUGGACAAAUAGAUUUGGAGUAUUGCUCUUUCUGUAUUCUGUAAUACUGACAAAGGGUAUUGAAAACAUAAAAAAUGAAAUUGAAGAUGCAACUGAGCCAUUGAUAGAUCCUGUUUAUGGUCAUGGAAGCCAAAGUUUGAUUAAUUUGCUGUUGACGGGACAUGCUGUUUCUAACGUGUGGGAUGGAGACAGAGAAUGUUCAGGAAUGAAACUUCUUGGCAUACACAAACAGGCAACAGUAGGCUUUUUGACGUUGAUGGAGUCUCUGAGAUAUUGUAAGGUUGGCUCUUAUUUGAAAUCUCCAAAAUUUCCCAUUUGGAUACUUGGCAGUGAAACGCACCUCACAGUCUUCUUUGCCAAGGAUAUGGCCCUUGUUGCUCCUGAAGCACCUUCAGAACAAGCAAGAAGAGUUUUCCAGACGUAUGACCCUGAGGAUAAUGGGUUUAUACCUGAUACACUACUAGAAGAUGUAAUGAAGGCUCUGGACCUUGUUUCAGAUCCUGAAUAUGUAAACCUCAUGAAGACCAAAUUAGACCCAGAAGGACUGGGCAUCAUACUACUGGGUCCCUUUCUACAAGAAUUUUUCCCUGAGCAGGAUUGUGCAGCACUGGGUAAAGUAUUGUGUACUAUGAAACAUGGUCAGUCAGAAGACACUAGAAUUGCACUGCCAAAGAUGGACUCCAGGGUUUCAGAGUCAUUCACUGUUUACCAUUACAAUGGACUGAAGCAAUCUAAUUAUAAUGAAAAGGUCAUGUAUGUAGAAGGCACAGCAGUUGUCAUGGGCUUUGAAGAACCAAUGCUGCAGACGGACGACACUCCCGUGAAACGCUGCUUGCAGACCAAAUGGCCAUACAUAGAACUGCUCUGGACCACAGAUCGAUCUCCUUCCCUAAACUGAUGUGUUGUCCAUGAACAACAUCCAGCCCUCGGAUCCUCCAGUGGGGAUACGGAGUUGGAAUUUGCUUGGGGAGUGGUAUACUUUGACUGUGUGAAGUUAUACACUGGUAUCAUUGAGGAAUUGUAAAUAAUGAUUACAAACACUUUUUCAGUGUUAAUUGGAAUAUUUAAUUUUUUAAUCAGAUUGAUUUCUAUUAUAAUAGUUUGUCUUUUUUGGCCACUGUAGUACUGUUAAUGUGAGUUAUCCUAAAAAAAAAAGCCUACUUAUAAAGUCUUACCAUUAUUUUGCCAUCUCAUGAAGAUUUGAAAAAUUCUGAUAUUGCAGAAUCUGCAUAUUAGAUGUCAGAUCUUUAAAACAUGAAACAUACUCAGCUUUCUCAGAGUCAUAUAGGCAUGUUUUAUUAUUUAAAUUAUAUUAGCUUACAUUACAGUACCAUAAUGUGUGGACUAGACUGGCCUUUGCACUGGAUAUGUUUUAAUGAGUUAAAAUUUUCUGCAGUUUUUCCUAAAAUCUAAUUUUACCUGAAGAGCUUGCACAAUGUGACAUAAAUAUGAUACUUUUUUAGGAAUAAGUAUAAUUCUUAAAUACUCUUUCUUGGCAGUUGUAUAUUACUGUGGCUUAGUUAUUGGGCAUGUUAAAAGUGAGCAGAAAAUCUGAGGAAAAAUAGAUAUAUUAAUAUUUAUUUGAAUUUGUAUAAAAGAAAUGUAAAAACAGUAGAAAGAAUUUCUUGUUCUAUAAUCCUUAAACUAUUCAAAACUCACAAUAUUGCCAAAUACCUCUUAAUUUGUCCAAACAGCAGUGUAAGCCAGCAUUACUGUAUGUGUUAAGUGCAUGAGAACAUCUGCUAUUACAUUAUUAUAUUCCUUUAUUUAUUAUCAACUUCUUAGCCCUAAAAUAAAAUCUUUUCCUUGAAUCAUA